AUGCGUCCUGCGACGAUUUUCGGCCCUCUGGCGCUCUCCGGCGCUGCCGCCGCGCUGUCCGGCUCGUAUCCCUGGGUUUUACUGUCCACUACAAAGUUUCAAGAUGUCUCCCACCGCAGCCAGAUCCAAACGGGCUCCGAGGUGCUGAAGCACACGCAAGAGAUACUGGCAACUUGCCCGACGGAUCGAUAUCUCGUCGCCGUCCAGCCCGGCGUCCACGCCACUGACCUCGGCCGCUCCAUGCCGCACCUCCGCCGGGCCUUUGAGGACUCUCGCAUUCUGGGCCGAUUCGACGUGGCCGAGGUUGUCGGCGCCGUAGACACAGCGGGCGUCGUCGAGCACAUCAAGUCGGAAUGCGCCAAGAAGAACAAGGCCGUCACCGUUGAUGAGGUCCACUUGGCAUCGCUCGCCUCGCAGGAUCGAGCCAGCACUCUGUCUAAGAAUGAUGGAAUUCUUGCCGGCAGCCUCGAAACAACUGCCAAGGACGACAGCUACACCAUCUUGUUCCUCUCGGCCCCAGGCGAGCCGGCCCAAUUCGUUGAGUCGCUGCAUACGGACCUGAAGAGGGACGUGAACGCCAUGCAUUUUAGCCGCAUGGGGAACAACACGCGAUGGGAAUCCCUGCCGCUGUUUGAAAAGUAUCAAUUUUUCACACCCGGCAUCUUCAUGGGCCUCAUUGUGGCCCUGAUCCUCUUGUCAAUACUUGGUGUCGGACUGAGGGCUCUCUCCAGCCUCGAGGUCUCAUACGGUGCCUUUGAGAAGGAGAUGGGUCCGGCCGCUCACAAGAAGCAGCAGUGA